AUGAGACUGGCCGCGUAUGCUGGGGCCUCGGUGGUCCUAGCCACUGGUGUGUUUCUUAAAGCUCUUCAUCAGAGGUCCAAUUUCUACUCGGCAUGCGUCUAUCUCUCUCAGAGUAGUGCGAAUCUCAUGAUCCUCACGAAUUUAUGUCUCCUAAUCACCGGUUUUGUACUAUUCUGGCUCCAGCGACUUCUUUACGGACCCUUGCGACCAAUCGAGACCGAGCAACUAUACGAGCGGGCCUGGUUCGCCGUCACAGAGACAUGUCUGGCCAUGACCAUCUUCCGAGGCGAACUUGGAGGCUGGUUUUUGGUUAUGUUCAUUUCGCUGCUGGUCGGCAAGGUCUGGGGCUGGAUUGGCGAAGGCCGCGUUGAGUUCUUAGAGCAGCAGCCGCCGGCUAAUCCCCGAUUGUUCCAUGCUCGACUGGCGACAUCUCUAGUGCUGACGGUGUCAUUCGACGCCUUCAUGUUGCGGUACUGUGUGCACACCGUAGUAACGAAGGCACGGCCAGACAUGAUGGUGAUGUUUGGAUUUGAAUUCGCCAUCUUGGCGGUCCUCUCGACCUCCACUCUUCUGCGAUACGUUAUCGCGUUAACUGAGAUCUACAUAACCCGCCAACAAAUAAACGCCAAGAUGCAGGAGCGUCGGGAUGAGAUCCGAGUUGCGCGUGUUGAGGCAAUUCGAGAACAUGCCCGCGCGGGCGCUACCUCUCCCCCUGACAAUCUACCCGACGAAAACGAUGUCAACGAGAUGGAGAUUGACGUUCCCGGAUGGGAGGAGAAGGGUCGUUGGAUCUUCUACUUGGAUCUUUUGACUGACUUGUUGAAACUCGUGAUAUACUUGAGCUUUUUUGGUAUCCUGCUCACUUUCUAUGGCCUCCCCAUCCAUAUCCUGCGAGACGUUGUUGUGACAAUCCGCUCAUUUGCCCGUCGUAUUAUGGACUUCAUGCGUUACCGAAAUGCGACAAGGGAUAUGCACCAGAGGUAUCCUGAUGCAACAGCAGAGGAAGUCUCCCGGGAAGAUGUUUGUAUCAUCUGCCGCGAGGAAAUGAUUCCAGUUCAGCCAGCGCAACCGCAACCGGCUGCUAAUGCUGCUAAUGAUGCUGAAGAGCCUGCACCACAACCUACCGCUGGAAUGCCGCGUGUUCCUGACCGCCUGCGUCCAAAGAAGCUCCCAUGUGGCCAUAUCUUGCACUUUUCGUGCCUCCGAAGCUGGCUUGAGAGGCAACAAAACUGCCCGACAUGUCGCCGUCCUGUGGUAUUGCCCCAGCGAACUCGUGGAGCUGCUGGCGUUGGGGACAACAACGCACGCGGAGGUCAGAAUGGUGGCAUCCAGCCAGGCCAACAAGGUGCAGAUGCCCAACCACGUGCUCGGGUUUAUCAGUUCGGGCCCUUCCGUAUUGGCUUCGGAGCUGUGCGUGGUGAUUUAUUCAACAAUCUUCAGCCACAGGGCCAUCAAGGUAACGUGCCGCAGCCUGGAGCACACCUGCCUGCAAAUGCGCCUGGGGGACACAUCGGGUUUGGAUUUGGGUUCGGGCGCCGUCCCCAGGCCCCCACCCCGGCCCCGGCCCCACAAGCUGUGGCCCCGGGUGGUUCUAUGACUGCUGAAAUCAAUGAGCAGUUGCUGCAGAUCGAGCAGCGGCUGAAUCAAGAGAUUGCCACUCUUCGAGCUGCCACGGAGCAUCUAAGUCACGUGCGCCAACUCCAAGUGGAACUGGAGCGGUUGCUUGCUCAAGCAAGGGCUGUUAACCAGCAAGGUGCAGCUCAACCACGUGUCGGUCAACCAGCCCCGCUUCCCAACGUGACGCCGGGAUCUUCGGUCUUCACAACGGGUCACCAGUAUGGCGCAAACCCUGGCGCUGAUGCUCUAAACUCUGGAGACCCUCGUUUACCGGAAGGGCUCACUCUUCCCCCCGGUUGGACCCUUCUUCCACUCCAGCGCUUGGACAACGGUGCCAACGGGCUGGAACAGACACUACAACCUACACCUACCACUACAGUGACCUCCCCAGCUGCGCCAGCAGUGGCCAGUGUUGUAACCCCCCAAGCUCCCACAUUCCAAAUGCCUGUUCAGAAUCAACCUAUCAGGAACGUCGGGGUGAAUGCGCAUGGCACCACCAUCACUGAAACCCCUCCCGUAAAUGGAGCCUCUAACUUACCGAUAUCGCAGGCCACGUCCACCGUCCCUUCAGCCGAACAUCGUGCGGAAUCCCCAUCUCAAGAAUGGACCGAUGUUGCCCCUAGAGGGUCUGUCGAGGUCAGGCCAGCCUCCUCCAUUCCAACUACUUGGGGUAGCAAUGGGGAAUCUGUAACUAGUGCUUCUGGUCAAUCUGAGACUCACUUCGAGUCCGCAUCCAACGGCAAAGGCCGAGCCGCAUCAGUUGAAGAAACGCCUGAUGAAGAAGCUUGA